AUGAAUACAUCUGUUUCUACAUCUGCCGCAUCAUCAUCAGCAUCUACCACCACUUCCUGGCUCUCUGGCCUUGUGCGCGGCCGCUCCGCCAGCGUAACGAUGGCCAGUAACUCCUCCUCAGCCGCCGCUGGCGACAGUCUCAACGGCGGAAGCGGACCCAUUAACAAGAAACGUCAGUUCCGUGGUGUCAUGUUCAAGUACGGCCCCAAACCAAUCCAGGUUGCAUUUAAGACCGGUGAUUAUAAACAGCAAGUUAUUUUUAUUGGUGGACUCACGGAUGGCUUUUUGGCGACUGAAUAUUUGGAGCCCUUGGCAAUUGCAUUGGAGAAAGAGAGCUGGUCACUAGUUCAAUUUCUGUUUUCAUCUUCAUACAGUGGAUAUGGCGUGUCAAGCUUGAAACAAGACGCCUUGGAGCUUGAUCAAUUGAUAAGUUACUUGAUAAACAAGGAAGAUUCAGAAGGUGUGGUACUACUUGGACACAGUACUGGCUGCCAGGAUAUCGUGUAUUACAUGCGUACCAAUGCAGCAUGUUCAAGAGCAGUGCGUGCAGCCAUUUUACAGGCUCCAGUGAGUGACCGGGAAUUCAAAGCCACUCUCCCAGAAACUGCUUCCAUGAUUGAUUUAGCUUCAACGAUGAUUAGUGAAGGUCGAGGAUCAGAAUUAAUGCCUCGGGAAUCCAAUCCAGAUUCCCCAAUAACGGCCUAUAGAUAUCAUUCGCUUUGUGCAUACAAUGGUGAUGACGACAUGUUCAGUUCUGACUUUAGUGAAGACCAAUUGAAACAGAGACUUGGACACAUGUCCAAUACACCUUGCCUGGUGAUGUUCUCCAUGGCUGAUGAAUACGUACCAGAUUAUGUGGACAAGAAAGCAUUGGUCAAUAGAUUGUUCAGAGCAAUGGGUGGUGCAGAAAAAGUUGAAAUCGAAUAUGGAAACCAUUCGCUCUCUAACAGAGUUGAGGAAGCUGUCCAGGCAAUAAUCGAAUUUGUAAAAAGAGACGGACCCAAAGGAUGGGAUGAUCCAUGGAGUUAA